GACUUUGACCAAGCAGCACAUCCUCAUGUUCCAUUAAAGUUCAAUUUAUCAGUUUUAUUACUCGUGUGUAAGGACCAAAAUUGUUUGCCAAUGAAACGGUGUCCUAAUAUUUUUGUUUUGAAAAGUUUAUUGUAUUUAUAUUUCGAAUUUGAACUUUAAGUGAAUUUUGUUUUUGUGUGAUUUUGAACUUUGUGAACUGCCACUUUAAACUCUAAAGGACCAAAGUCGAUUCAAAGGACCAAAAAUGAGUAUCCCUAAGAUGAACAAUGACUCGGUGCACUGGUACGUCGGGGAGAUCGCAUCUCGUAUUAUAGCUGAGUCUGGCAUCGCUUCAGAUCGAUAUCAUCUCGGAAAGCUUCUCUUACAAAGCUUAAGGGAUGAUCCUGAUUUUGUUUUACAGAUUGAAGGUGCGACAGGAGAAUCAGAAACCUUCGGUUCAGUAACAGAAAGGACAGUAAAAUGUGCGAACUGCUUCAAGAACCUGGGUCUUGGGCAUGGAGACGUGAUGGUACUGAUGGCUCCCAACCAUUUGGACGUCACCAUACCCUUGUAUGCAGCCUUGUAUCUUGGUGUUAUAGUCGCUGCGGUUGAUAGGACUUUGACUGCAAACGAACUACAACAGACGUUUGCCUUCUCGAAACCGAAGAUAAUCUUCUGCCAAAGUGACCGAGCUUCAGAUGUUCAACUGUCUUUGAAUAAUUUGACCUUGGAUGCUCAGAUAGUCAGCUUCGAUAAGGGAGACUAUCUUUGCAGUUUUAAUGAAUUCAUGGAACAGUAUGGUGAUGAUUCUUCUAUAGAGGAGUUUAAGUGUGCAGAUUUCGACCCUGAGGACUCAGUAGCAUUUCUCAUAGCGACCAGUGGAACAACAGGCAUGCCUAAAGCGGCUGCCGUUACCCACAAGAACUUCGCUAUCGUUUCACCCUACGUAUGGUCCAGAUACACCACAUUCCCAACACCAACCAGUAUCGCGUUGGUGGGAGCUCCACUGCAGUGGCUGUCAGCCAUAUUGAAUUUUAUUCUGUCACCCUUACUGAGGUUCACCAGACUGCAAACCACACUAGCUUUGACGCAAGAACAUGCUUAUGAUCUGAUUAAUACUUAUAAGCCGACCUACACGGUCCUAAGCCCCACACUGAUGACAACCCUGAUCAAGCCUGAUGAUCGCGACCGCUGUGACUUCUCAUGCUUUGACCUCAUCAUGCUAGGUGGAAGUGCUGUGCCGCAGACGUUAGUUGAAGAAUUGAAGGACGUAGCGCCUGCUGCAGAAGUCAUAAACGUCUUUGGCAUGAGUGAACUUGGAGGUAUUGCCUUUCAUGGUGAUAAUAUUGCACCAGGGUCUUGUGGAAAACCCUUGGGAUGUUUCCAGUACAGGAUAAUAAACGUAGAGACACAAGAAGAUAUCUACGAACCCAAUGUGCCUGGAGAGUUGUGGCUCAAAGGACCAAGUGUUUUCAAGGAAUACUACAACAACCCAGAGGCUACAGAAGAGACCUUCGCAGAAGAUCGUUGGUUCAAAACUGGUGACACUUUCUAUAGAGACGAAAACUGGAACUUCUUCUUUGUGGAGAGGAUUAAGUUACUUCUGAAAUAUAAGAGUUAUCAGAUAUCACCAGUAGAAAUAGAAGGAGUAAUACGUCAGCACCCAGGAGUCCUCGAUGUGGCUGUGACGGGUAUACCAGAUGAUGAGUGCGGUGACCUGCCAGUCGCAGUAGUGGUGCCAAGACCUGGAGAAGAACCGACUGCUGAUGACAUCAAGAACUUUGUUAAAGAAUCACUCUCAGACUCCAAGCAACUGAGAGGGGGUGUGAUCUUCGUGGAAGCGAUACCAAUGACAGCAUCGACCAAAGUACACCGAAGGAAACUGAAACAGAUGGUUUUAGAAUUACCUAGGGAAUAAAAUAAACAUCAGCCUGUAAAUCUAUACUAUCUAUACUAAUAUUAUAAAGCUGAAGAGUUUGUUUGAACGCGCUAAUCUCCAGAACUACUUGACCGAAUUGAAUAAUUCUUUUUGUGUUGGAUAGUGCAUUUAUCGAGGAAGGCUAUAGGCUAUAAAACAUCACGCAAUGACCAAUAGGAGCCGAGCAGAGCGGAUGGAACCGGGCGGAAGUAGCUAGUGUCUUAUAGCUGGAUAAGGAAAUCUUCUUGAACGGAGAAGGAAUGAGUAUAAACGAAGAAGCUACACUUUGGAACGAGCAUCUAGCUUCACUGACGGACAGACUGACAGACUAUUGUUUAUUUCUUUCUUUGUUGACGUUUCUAAAGUACCUAAGUAUAUAGUUUAAUUGGAAUAAAUGAUUUGACUUUCACUAUAGAUCAUCACGCUAGUUUAAUGUUGUUUGGGAAAUAACAUUGUAAUCGAAAUGGAAGCGCGUUCGGCGCUCUGUACUCUUAGUAUGAGUUUGCUUUACGUUUAAAGUAAUUGAAACCAUACGUGUUCGGUGCAUUGAUUGGUCGGCUCGUAUAAACCAACCAAUCAGAGCGCCGAACGCGAACGUUUCGUUUAUUUUAAACGUAAAGCAAACUCGUACUAAGGGUACUGAAGUUUAUUCGAGCCAUAGCUUGUUUUUCUGUAAAUAAAUUAAAGAAAAUUCUGCCGAAGCGGUAUUGGGUUGUAUUUGAUAGUUUAUAAUAUGAGUAUGUUAUAAAAUGUAUUACUGUAAGUAGUUUGUAGAUAGCACUUUAAUUAAAUGUAUUACUAAUAAAAAUAGUUUUGAAGAUAGCACUUAAAUUGACGUUGAUAA